AUGUGCAGAGGGUGGACUAAGUUUCAGGGCAACUGUUACCUGCACUUCCCGAGAGAGACCUGGCUGCAGGCCGAGCAGCGCUGCCGAGACCUCAGCUCUCACCUGGUCAGCAUCAUCACCCCAGAGGAACAGCACUUUGUCAACUCCAACGGCCAGGACUACCAGUGGAUUGGGCUCAAUGACAAGACCGUGGAGAAUGACUUCCGCUGGAUAGACGGCACACCACUGCAAUUUGAGAACUGGCGGCCGAACCAGCCGGAUAACUACUUUAACUCUGGAGAAGACUGUGUGGUGAUGAUCUGGCAUGAGAACGGCCAAUGGAACGACGUUCCCUGCAACUACCACCUGCCCUUCACCUGCAAGACUGGCCCAGUAUACUGUGGCGCACCGCCAGAGGUGGAGAAUGCCAAGAUGUUUGGCAGCAGGCGGGAACAGUAUACGGUGGGGUCCAUCAUCCGCUACCAGUGUAACCCAGGCCUCCUACAGCGCCACCUGCCUGUGGUGCGCUGCAUGGCAGACGGACAGUGGGAGAAGCCACAGGUGGAAUGCCUGGGCGCAGUGCCCUCCCCCAGUAACAGAAUACAGCGCAGAUCGAUCAGAAGGCGAGGAGAACCAACCAGCAGCAAACGUCACUAAGCAGGGAAGAUUAAAGAAGAUCUCUUGAAGAUAAUUAUUUUAUAAGAACAUUUACAGAACACAGAAGCCAUUUUCUAACUUACUAACGAGGUUUGAAUGUUUGAAGUACCCACCUUGUACAUAAGACCAAAUCAACUUUGAGCAGUAACAUUGUCUUUUCAGUUUGUCACUCUCUGACUAUUUAAAAAAAAAGUAUGAAUUAAGCCAUUAUGUAAUUGUAUGUUUUUGUCAUUCUUGUCCCAAAAUAAUGACAUGUGUUCAUUAUAUAUAAGAGUUGUUUAUUGUUUGGAGUUUUAUUGUUAUUAUUAAUAUAAUUUUUGGUUUUGGUGGAUUGUGAUGCCGUUGAUAAGGUGUGAGUUGUUGCUAAAAUACUUUGUCCAUGUCGCUAACUAGACUGGAUUAUGGAGACAUGGUGUAGGGUGAAGUUUCCGCUAGACACUGAUCUUGGGUCAGUUUUACUUUUCCUCCACUAAUGGUUAAGAUGAGGGUUGGUGGAGGGGAAGCUGAUCUAACUCUGUACCUAGGGGAAACUUCACCCCUGUUCUAGAUCUUUGCCAAACCAGACAGUGUGUGUUAGACUGUACCACCCAGAGGUAAACACCCAAUCUGGCCAGACGGUAUUUAGUGGGGGUUUGGCACGUUGCUAUGAGCCAAGCAGAGGCUUGGUGAAAUUCACCCAUUGAGGAGAUACUAGACAGUCAGAAGUAUGUUUGUAUUCUGGAGGUGCCUACAUAAUAUACACUCACUAUGGGAGAUGGAUAUAUGUCUAAUAAUCCAUGAAGGACUGUGAAUUUGAUAGAAAAAGUCUAUUGAGUUACUUUUGAGCGCUGUUAGCCUAGCAAUGUUAGCCUAGCAAUGUUAGCCUAGCAAUGUUAGCCUAGCAAUGUCCGGUUGUAGCAAUGAUAAGCAAGAUGAGGUAAAGGGGAUGAGAUCUUGUGCAUGUAUCCACCAAACAAGCAUUUAUGAGUCACCAAAUGAUCACCUAUCUUUAAAAUAGUAGAUGCUAAAGGGGAAAACAAUAUCUAUAAUUGUCAGAUGUCUUCAUACAUCAAAAGUGGUGUUGUGUAAAACCGAGAAAUCUUUUACGCUUCAAUGAAUAAACAUGUCUGACGAGUUUUGAUUUUGGGGUGAACGAUCGCUUUCACCUUUUACUGCAGUGGGCUAAAUCAGGGUCACAUAAAUCUACUUUGAAACAAAAGUAUCCACCUCACACACAUGGUUAUGGGCUUAAAAGAAAUAAGACACCUGUACCAUGUCACAUAUAGAGUUGAAAUGUAUUAAAUGUUGAGUUUGAAUCCCAAUAUUACACUUUAUAUACAUCACAGAAAACUGAAAUAUAACAAAACCGUCUGACAUAGAAAACAGUUGUUCAAAAUAAUGCUUAUUAAUUAUGAAAUUAUGAAAAAUAUUAAUAACAUUCCACCCAUGAGGCCACUAGGUCAUUUGACUGCAGGAAAGGGCUAUGGGAGGGGAUAAUAAGGGAGAUAUUAUUUAUUUAAUCUCUAAGUCAUAAAGAGAAAGCUAGCGAAGCCGACACAGCAGGCUACUGUGUCCGUCUGUAUUUCAAACCUACAUAAUUUGUUUAGAGCAGAAGGGAGACGGAGUGCCUGAUGUGAAUAAUACACAGCAAUGUUAGAAUCUCUGCCUGCCACACUGGAGAGGCAACAUCAUGCGAUCUACUGAGGCUGCCCUAAAAUAAGAGAGUGAAAGAGGACUCAACUUCUCAAAUAAGAGAGAGAGAGGACUCAACUUCUCAAAUAAGAGAGAGAGA